AUGACUAUCAAGAUACUUAUUUGGGUAUUCCUAUUGUUGAUGUCUGCCUCGGGACAUAUUGACAGGCAACGUAUAGUCUCCAAAUACAACGUGAUUCGUACGACUCUCAUCCACAAUGAAACUACGCCUCUACAAGUGGGGAAUGGGAACUUUGCCUUCAAUGUCGACAAUACAGGCAUGCAGACCUUCCUCCCAUUCAACACAUUAUCGAGCUGGGCCUGGCAUAAUGACUCUUUACCAACCAACGGAGAAGCAGUCAGCGAUUACACCGGGGUGCCCACGUUGACGCAUGGUAGAAACGUGUCGUACGAUUUGCCUGAUCCUGACCUUCCCGAAGUCUCGCAAUGGCUCAUUGGCAACCCCAACCGGGUCAACUUGGGUCGCAUUGGCCUCUCGUACAAAGGCGUUACUCUGGUCGCAACACAAAUCACAGAACCGAGACAAGAGCUCGAUCUUUGGAACGGUUUCAUCACUUCGGCUUUCAAAGUAGACGGCGAGGAAGUUAAGGUCGUGACCCAGGCUGACUUCGAAUCGGAUGCAGUAGCUUUUGAGAUCAACUCCAAUCUCAUUUCCUCUGGUGAUCUGAAAGUCGAGCUUGAUUUCCCCUAUCCACCCAUGCACAGCACGAAAUACAAGUACGAGGUCUUCGCUGGGGUGUACGACUUCCCUCUGAACCAUACCACAAGAGUUGUGGACAGCAGCGAGCAAGAUGGGCUAACACACAUCUACCACGAAAUGCAAGAGACGAGAUACUUCGCCAACCUGCGCUGGCCCUCGAAGUCACCACUCCUGCUAACAAGGAAUGAACCGCAAAACUCCUCCGCCAUCACAGCCCACCGCUAUACCCUCGCCUCGGCGUCCUCGUCCCGCCCCAAGCCCUCCUACGUAUUAUUCACGGCCCACUUCUCGCCAGACAAGCGUAAGCCCGACUUACCAUCCACCAUCAAAGACCGCAACUCAAGAGAUUGGAACGGGUAUUGGAGCGAAGGCGGAUUCGUCGAUCUAACUUCAUCAUCUAACCCCAAUGCCACCGAGCUCCAGCGCCGUAUCGUCUUGUCGCAGUACCACGUGCGCGUCAACAGCGCAGCAAAGGGCCAGUCACCGCAGGAGAGCGGUCUCAUGAAUAACGGAUGGUAUGGCAAGUUUCACAUGGAGAUGGUGGUGUGGCAUAAUGCGCAUUGGUCGACUUGGGGGCAUCAGGAGAUAUUUGAUGAUGUCUUUCCGGCAGUUUAUGAGGCGCUUUUGCCUACUUCACUAGCCAGGGCUAAGAGUAUGGGCUGGGAGGGAGCCAGGUGGCCGAAGAUGACGGAGACCAUCACGGGUCGGAGCUCUCCAGGUGGUGUCAAUGGUUUGCUCAUAUGGCAGCAGCCCCAUCCGAUGUAUCUGGCCAUGCUGGCCUAUCAGGCCUCGCCGACACAGAAAACACUGGAACGUUGGGAAACCGUUCUCACAGAAAGCGCCAAUUACAUGGCCUCUUACGCCUGGUAUAAUGCGUCAUCGGGAUAUUAUGAUCUCGGGCCACCAGCAUACGGCGUGACGGAAAACACACCUCCAGCUGAAACGCUCAACUUAGCCUAUGAGAUCGCCUACUGGCGCUACGGCCUCGACGUCGCCCGCUUAUGGCUCCAAAAGCUCGACCGUCCCGUCCCUUCAAAAUGGACAACCGUCUCCGAGCUCCUGUCCCCUCCCCCGCAAAUCGACGGUCUGUACACUGUCUACGAAGGCCUCAACGCCUCGUGGUGGAACGACACGGCGCUCAACAGCGACCCGCGCAGUUUGAUCAUGCUGCAGGGGAUGCUGCCCGACACGCCUGCCGUUGACCCCGAAAUUGAGUUGAGGACAGCGGAUCAGGUAUGGGAGGCUUGGAGAGAUGAGGAUAUAAGGGGGUGGGGACGACCGGUGCUCGCGAUUAAUGCGGCGAGGGUUGGGAGGCCGGAGAGAGCGAUUUAUCAUUUGACGGCGUAUGAUUAUUGGAUUUUUGAUGAUGCUGGUUUUGCUAUUCGCGGAGGGGAUGGGGGGACUCCGCCUCCUUUUAUGCCCGGCAAUGCUGGGUUUCUCUACGCAGUCGCCUAUAUGGCUGCCGGAUGGAAAGGUUCUUAUGGCGACGCACCAGGGUUCCCGAAAGAUGGGGGAUGGGUUGUUAAGCACGAAGGAUUGCUCAAGGCGUUGUAA